GCCACUUAGAACUCCGUUCAUUUCCGUCAUUGAAAGCAUUUCUUAGAAAUGCCGGAUUUGCAUGUUACUGAAAAUUCUGAACUCAGCACGUACGUCGAAGGCAGCGUUGUCUGAGAUGAGACGUAUCUAGCAAUUUGCUGGGCCGACCAAAGUUCUUCGAAUCCACGAAGGUAGCCUUAAAUUGUUAUUGCUUUAUGAGUCAGUCUUUGUAAGAUUCUCUUAUUGAUUUUUGACUUCUUUCAAUAAGUAUCAGAGCAAAGGUAUGAAACUGAAGAAGUUCUCCUUGAUAAAAAUAUUUUGACACAAUUUAUUUUAAACCGAAUGCCGAAGUGGAAAGCCAGUGCAACAUCGCGAAUUUUGUAAAAACUUGAACUGUUUGCUCCGGACAAAAUUAAAAGGGUUCGUUCCAAGGAAUGCAAUUUUCUAGUUAUUUUCGAUUAUUUACUAAUGAUCCUUUAUCUUUAAAAUUAUAUAGGUUUGAAUCAUCAGAACUUUUAGAAUAUUACAAGCUCUUCUGCACACUCAUUAUCUGAGUUCUAUUCUUAAGUCACUGAAUAUGCCAAAAACAUUGUUGGCGGCAAUCUAGUCUCAGUCACGGCGUAUUAAGGUAUAAUACUCGCCUUCAGGGCGUAAGGAGCUAGGCUAGCUCCUUACGCCCUGCUCGCCUUACUUGGCUAAAUCAGCCAUAUUACCAUCGCGAGUGCCAGAAUCAAUCAAGCCAAAAACCGACUAUGUGCCACUUUAACCUAUAUUGUUUAGACCAUAACAACGUCGAUUUUUAACAUUUAACUGCUGUUGUUCAGGUGAUCUUUUCCUUCAGUGUUUUUAGGUUAAGUAUACUUGAAUAGUAGUUUUAUUAUUCAUUCAAAAUAAUUCCUAGUUUAAAAACAAGCUCAUUCACAUGCUUACGUCCAUCGAUGUUUAGUUAAUAUUCGGUAGUGCAUGUUUAUCGGCAAGUUUAGGAUUUAUAGGGUGGUUCAGUUCUGCAAAUAUUUUGCACUGAUAUAGAAGAUGUCGUCCGUCGAGUUGUCUGUUUACUGUUCUUGCUGUGAUUUAACCAAUAUGGUUCGCCUAUUUCUUCCUCCUGAAAUGUUCCGCCAUUUUGUAUCACUACCAAAACAACUCAAACUCGUCCCUAGGUUUUCUCGGUUAACGGUUCAAUAAUCUGGCAGCUGCACAAUAGACCUUUUUAGCUUGUAUGUUUUGUUUUCGCAAUUCAGACCACGUGAUGUUCUCCAGGGAAUUUGCGUUUUGUCUUUUCAUUAAUUUUGCAUACAAUAAGACGACAUUUGAAAGAAACAGUUCUCCGGGGUACCAUCACUUGGUCUGUAAUGGGAAAACAAAACAUACAAGCUAAAAAGGUCUAUUGACGUCUUCAGUUCACACAUCGCAAAAUUCUUCCAAAUCUGGUGAACAGUAGCUGGUUAUGAUGAAUAGACGUUUUUAGCUUGUAAGUUUUGUUUUCCCAUUUCAUACCACGUGAUGGUAUUCUAGAGAACUGUUUUUUUCAAAUUUCGUCUUAUGUCCGUGCAUCCACGUGCCUAUGUAUGCAUAAUUAAUGAAAAGACAAAAGGCAAACUCCCUGGAGAACAUCACGUGGUCUCAAUUGGGAAAACAAAACAUACAAGGUAAAAAAGUGUAUCAUACGUGAGAUUUUAGCCAAUUAGAAACGGAGAAAUAUUUUAAAUGAAUAAUAAAAGCAUUUAUUAUAGAGUACUAAAGUGAUGACGUCAUAAAAAUGAAAUUUCUGAAAUUAUGGCAUUUGUCAGGAUAUUCUGAAAUAUUCUGAUAUUCUGAAAGAACAAUGUCCAAAAAUGAGCAUUUCGGGGCAAAUUGUCUCUGAGAUGUUAGCCGGUUAAACUUAGAAAACUCCAUACAAACCCUUCUAAUUUUUUUUGGGUCGACCUACAAAAAAUUUAGAAGGGUUUGUAUGGAGUUUUUUAAGCAUACGAUCUCAGAGACAAUUUGCCCCGAAAUGCUCAUUUUUGGCAAGUAGGCCUCUUGGACAUUGUUCUUGCAGAAUAUCCUGACAAAUCCCAUAAUUUCAGAAAUUUCAUUUUUAUGACGUCACACUUUAGUACCCAAUUCAUUCAAAAUAUUUCUCGUUUCUAAUUGUCUUUAAAACCUAGGGUAAAUCUUUAUAACCAGGUAGCGCUGUAGCCUACGCAGCAGCCAGCCCACGCAUCAUCUAAAGCUUUUACGUGACUCGGCAUUUACAUGACGGCCGAGAAAGCUGACAUGUAGAUUUAAAAUUAUGUGACUUAUUUCGGUGAAUUUUGCUAACUAAACAGGUCAUAUUUUAGAAAAAAGUGUUACUUUAAUGUUCAUGAGUUCCUCGAGGAAUAGCUUGAGAAAACAGCCUAUGUUUCGCGACGCCACCACUGGUUUCCCCGCGAAAUGACGUCUGAGAAACGAGCGGAGAAAUUCCAUACUGAUGACGCGUCACCACCCAGAUGGGGUAGGGCUUCUGAUUGGUCGUGCAGCGUGGGAAAUUUGCUUUAGUCAAUCAGGAGCCCUACCCAGAUCUGGGUAGUCACACGUCAUUUGUAUGAAAUUUCUUCGCUUGUUUCUCAGACGUCAUUUCGGGAAAACAGUUUUGUGGCGUCGCGUCGGCUGUUUUCUCGGUAACAGAUGUUUCUGUUGGUUUUCGUCCGCAAUGUUGGUGCCCAUCAGGAUGGGCCCUAGCAAGGCAACUUCAUAAAAAUCUAGCUAAAUCUCUAUAAAUUUGGGUAAAACAUAUCUUUGGAUAUCUCGUAUACGAAACAUUCCACUGACCUGAAUCUUGGCGAGAGUCAUUGCAUAUUCGCCAUUUCACCUUCUUUCAUUUCCUAGGUUCUGGACUUAAUCUAUUAAACGGUUUUGAUUUUUAUUUUGAUCUAUUUUGAAUGGCGUGACACUGAAAACCAGCCAAUACAAGCUAAUACAGGCGGAUUAGAGUGGGUACAAACACUGAUCAUAUUGCUGAUUCAGUUUCACUGCCCACGCCAUCAAAACUGAAUAAAAUCAAAAUCGUUCAAAAGAUUAAGUUCCGAAUCUAAGGAAUGAAAGCAGGCCAGUGCAACUUUUCAUAUGCGAGAUAUCGAAGAAAUUAUUUACCCAAAUUUAUAGAGCUUUGUGUUUAGACACUUCGUGAUGCCCAUUCCUAUGGACACCAACAUGGCGGGUCAUAAACCAAAAGAGACAUCUGUCACUGAGUUUUGCUUUGAAAGCGUUAAGGUCAUCUCUCGGUACUUUUUCUAAUACAAUGACUGUUCAGAUAGAAAAUCCCUCAAAAUAAGUCGGUUUUUUUGACCUACAUCAUAGAUUUCUCGACCGCCAUGUUAUCAAUGUAAAUGCUGCGUCAAGCAAACGCCUAGCAAUUCAAGCGUAUUCUAUAACAAAACGAAGAACCUUUUGGAAGUGAAAAUUUGUAUUAAUAUUUAUAUUUUUUUAGCUGCCCCAAUACUUCAUGAAAGUAGAACUUGGAAGAAUCGGUGAUUUCUUUCGUUUGAUAUGAAAGCCAACAAUUUGCAAGUUGCGAGUCCCGUGUACUGAUUUGCUACCCGAGGGGACAAGAUGGGGCCAUCUUCCCCGGUCGAAAUUUCUCGCAUUGGUCCCGUAAGAAAAAGUUCUCUUUUAGGCCAUAUGGUAAAUUCUUUAUUGACCCAACUUUUUCGGCCAAGAUGGCUAUCAAGGAUAUUUGCCUCGUUCUUAUUGCGAUUUUCGUUAUUAAUAUCCACUUCGUCUCUGUUCAAACGCAAAAAAGGUAUUGGCCAAUACCCAGUCAUCUUGACCCAACGCUUGGUCAGUAGCGCAUAAUUGUAUUUCCUCAGUAUACAAUCGUUUCCAGGCAGCGGCGCGGCAGCCUAGCUGUUUUUGACAUAAGUUCACUCAAGAAAAUGGAGAAAGAGUUCACGGCUAUGCGAAGACCGUGACAAAAUAGCCAAAUUUUUUUUAGCUGAACAGAGCAAAUGCAGGAAUACGCAUGGAUGAAUGACAAUCAUAUACUUAUUGAGGAGUGUCUGCAAGGAAAAGACAUCUGUAAAACAUCUGUAUAUUCGUGAAACUGUUCUGAGAAACAGGCAGUCCUUCCUUGAGUCAAACUACAACAAGAUAACAUUGUUGUCAGUUGUGUCCCUAGAUGAGAAGACUCCCAUAGUAUGCCAAUAUUUCGAGAGAUCAGCCUGCUUGUGUUUUUUUUUUUGUAGGAAGCGGCCUGUGAAAUAUGAACUUCCCCAAGAAAAACGCUGAUCAUGAGAUCAAGGCUUUGUGCAAAGAAUCACCAAACCUGUUAGUGGCUCUAGAGGGACAGGACGAGUAUAAAAAAUCCAUGGGAAGGUUGUUCUGUGAAAACGACUCCAACAAACCAAGAGCUUUCUUCACGCCCAAGACUACGGAUGACGUAUGUCGUGUGCUGCGAUACGCCUCAGCCAAUCAGCUUCAAGUAUCAGUGCUUGGUGGGGGGCAUGACCCUAAAGGUACUCUAGAAAGUCAGAUUUUGAAACUUGGUUUCUAGGAACCUUAGUCUAGUGUUAUCUUACAACCUACAACUAGGGUAUCUAAAAGAUAGUAAUGCUGCGGCACAUUCUGUUGAUACUGGCAUUAGUUAGGCAGUGGGACUUAAAAGAAUCGAAAAUGACAUUGAAUGUCCUAUUUACAUGUUGGAAAGUACUAGAAUAAUUACUAUCAGUCUAUAUAAAGAACUCGUGGGAACGUUGUUUAAAAAAUGAUCAAGUGGUUAUCAACUCUUGUUUUCCCACAGUAAAUUGUAGGAAAUGAUAGAAAUUCAGAUUGGUUAUCCAUAUAUUUAAUAUACGGUGUACUAUCUUUUCUCUGGAAACAUGAUACUUUUCUUGCUGUUUAUUGCACUUUAUUAAGUAACAGUUAUUUAGCUAUAUAUUUAUAGAAAACAAAAACACAAAAAAACAGAAAAAAAAAGAAAGAAGGAAAAAAAGAGUUCGGUGGGACUCGAACCCGGCACCAUCGGCUCGACGCGACUACACCUCACCACUACACCACAGAGACUGAUGGCGUUACCUUAGGAAAAGUCUUUAAGUUAAUUCCUUUUCCGUGAAACUUCCGCCGGCAAGAUGAUCGCCAGCCGCAUUAAUCGAGCUAUUAACAGCAAAAAAACAAUGUAAACGCAUAUUCCAUGGCAAUGAAUGAAUGAAAGAACAUAAUUAUGCUUUUCAAAACGCCGAUACACGUCCUCGUCUGCAACGUAGGACACAAAACAUAUGUUUUGUUAUCUCGAUUUCCGCUGUUAUUUUGAAGCGAAUGGUCAAAAUCACAUCCAUUUUCGGCUCAUACAGGUUCUUAAGAAUAGCAUGGCAUGACAUUUUCUCACUUUCACAUCACCUUCUAGCAAGCUGGAAUUUGUAUAUCCCCCGUGUUGCGGAGUCGAAGAGCAAAUACUCAUCUUCUCGUCAGGUUUAACACCUGGACGAGUCAAAGGCUCUUGAAUUGAAAUCCAAUCCCCAAGUUAACCAUCGUACUCAUCUGAAAGACUUCUGCGUGUCUUAAAUUUGGUAAGACCUCUAACCGCGCUGUAGAAAAUUUGCUACAAAGAAAACUCUGAGUCUGGGCAGCGAACGAUGCGAACUUCCCCGUGUUUUUACUUGACUUGUUCGUGGCGCAAUGCACUCUGGUUAAAUGCAAUGCAUUGUGGUAAAAAGUGUGAUUAAAUGCAAUGCAUUGUGGUAAAAAUGAUGAAUUUGAGAAUUCGUCGCCCCUUAUAUAUUUCCCUUAAAUCCUGAUUAUGUUGCUGCUCGCUCCCUACGGUCGCUCCGCAGCAAUAACAUUGAUUCAAACAAUUUUAGAAGGCAAUAAUUUUAAUCCAUUUUGAUUGUCAAUAUAAUGAGUAUUACUGCACCGAUGCAACUGAAGUUCAGGUCGACGCAGGGUUACCCUGGAUCAAGAUUUUAACUCAGACAGAGCGUUCAUGGAGAUGGCCACCAUACUGUAAAACAGAAAAGUAAAAGCCACAAAUACAAUGUCUUUCUUUCAUAUAACACCAUGUAGAUCUUUGAUCACUUAGUAUGAAUAUUCACUGCUGUCUUUAUUGACUUUUUUUUUCGUAAUCCGGACAUCUCUCAAGUGAGACCAUUUUCGUCUCGGUCCCUAUUGAUUGAAUACUCGUUUCCAAUUAAAAACCUGAUUGGGUUUUUAAUCCUGACUGGGUUUAUAAUCAAUUGGUAUUUAAGCUUUCUUGAGAAUCGUCAACAGUGGAUAAUAAACAAUAGUUUUCAAGGACAAUGGGAAUGUGUGAACAGGGGCACUACACAAGGCAGUGUGAGUGGUCCGUACUUAUUUAGCAUUUUUAUUAAUGAUCUGGAAAUCAGCAUAGAUAACCACCCAGCUCUGAUUAAAUAUGCGGAUGACUCUACUCUCAUCAGUGUUCCCGUUUGGAGUAAUGGGCACCGUCGUACGGAUUUGGUGGAUCAGUUUUUAACUUGGUCUAAUGAAAACAGUAUGAUUUGUAAUCCGUCGAAAGGUAAAGAAAUUAUUUUUCGCAAGAAAGGAUAUAUUAACAACAUUCCGCAAUGCACGGAGCUGCCCAUUUUAGGCGUUAUGUUUCAGGAGAAUUGUAAAUAUAGCGAACACGUACGUGCUAAGUUGACUAAGGCAAAUAAGUGUCUGUUUGUAAGGAAGGAAGGUUUCAGUCAAGGUGAAGUGGACCACCUAUUUGGCACCUUAGUUUUAAAGAAUUUCACUUAUAGUCUACCUGUUUAUGGCGCUGUAAACUCAGAUCUCACGGUCAUACAAAACUUUCUGGAUAGAUGCUUUAAAAGAAAAUACACAUCUAAGAGAAUGGACAUUCGAGAACUUUUAGAAAAGGCAGAUAAGAAGCUUUUCAAGGUACGUUCAGUGGAUCCCGAUUGCACGCUCAGUAACGUCAUUCCGAAGAAGCCGAAAGAAACAAAGUAUCUACUCAGAAACAAAAGUGCUCAUCGCCCGGAUAUAAAGACCGAUAGAUUUAAGAAUGUUUUUGUAAAUAGGAUUAUUUUUAGAUAUAAUCUUGGAUCUUUCUAUUAUUUAUAUACAGUAUGCCUUAUGUAUUUUUAUCUUUUUAUUUGUAUGCACUGUGUCUUAUGUAUGUUUAGAUUCCCAACUGCUGAUGUAACUUAAGAUAUGUCUUUUUAUCUUAGGAGAAUAAAGAUUGAUUGAUUGAUUGAUUGAGAGGGGGGCGGGGCGGGGGGAAGGGCUCCUGACAAUAGAUGGUACUUAUUUCUCUCACCAGCUCACGACCCAGACUCCCAACAGUUUUUGCGCGCAGACUGAAACAAGAGAAAAUACCUGCGUGUCAAGUUAAAAUAUUUCCAAUCAAAAUUGAAGUGACAAUUUGUUUACCCAUCUGAAGGCUUGGCUAUCAUUCACGAUGCCCUCGUUCUCGACAUGUCUGCAAUGAAUCACAUCGACAUUGAUCCUCAGACAGCAACAGCCUGGGUCGAGGCAGGAGUGAACGUGAAGGAUCUUGAUGACGUCACAUGCCCACAAGGCCUGGCUGCAGUGAAUGGCUCCUGCACGACUGUCGGUGUAGUAGGUUUCACUUUAGGUGGAGGGUUUGGGUUUCUCAGCAGGACGAAGGGGCUGGCAGUCGACAACUGUCUUCAAAUGGAAAUUGUCACUGCUACUGGUCAGCGGAUAGUUGCAUCUUCGCAAGAGCACAGACAUCUCUUCUGGGUAUUGAGAGGAGCUGGGCAAGUGGGAUAUGGCGUGGUAACGAAGCUACAAGUCAAAUUACAUACCUUGCAAGAACAAUACGUCGGAGGUAAGGGACCUUUUUACUUAGAAGCAUUUUUGGGAUCGAUUAAAAAAAUCAUUUGAAACUUGUAACUUGACGUUGGACUCUUGCCUUAUUGUUAUGAAUAUUGAACUCUGUUGGACGAUUCAAGCCUGAUUUCUAUUAUGUUCGCUACAAUCGGUUAGAUCCCUGGAUUAUAUAACCGAAACUUUAGGGGGAAUCUGGAAAAGGCCAGGCUUUAAAAAUACCUUUGAAAAUAAAGCCCAUCUCCGGAACCGUAUCGCUGUGAUGGCUGAACCUAUUUUCAGGCAUCCUAGCGAUCAUAUAAAACCAGGAUUUAUUGACAUGUUUGGUGCGAAAGCUUCCGAACACAAGGUCGAUCACGUUUACGCUCAUACCGUAACAGUUUAAUUGAAUUGAUUGCUAUAUGAAGGAAAUGUGAUAUAGGUGCAAUAGUUUACAUGUUGACUGUUAAAGUGUUAUUUAGGUAAAGUGCAUACGAAGAGGAGGCCCACUCGGCGGUAGCUUAGUUCAGGUUCCUGUAACAUAGCAUCUAAGGGGGUAAUUACAAGAGACCGGGACGAACUCAGACCGGUAUGAGUUCGAAUCGGUCUCCAUACAUUUCUUUUCAUGCGUUUACAUGGGACCGGCCUAGAAAUGAACUCAGACCGGCCUGACUUCGUUUCGUCGCUGACCCGACUCGAGUUACUUUCGUACCUUUCUGAGACUGUACCGUUCUCAUGUAAAACGGAAACGAAUCUCAGGCCGGGUCCAUAAAUAGCAUGUUUCUUCGUAUGGCGCCAUCAUUUUUGCUUUUUUCUCAGCAAAAUAAGAACACUGCGAUGAAUAGCUGUAAACAAGACUUCAAUUGAAUAUAUGAUUCGGUUAAUGUGACGGAUUGCAUCGUUUUGAGAUGCUGUGCAUUUAACAUGCCACCAAAUGAGCGUUAGAUUCAGUUUACAGUUUUCUGAGAGCGGUAAAAUAUGCGGUUCUCUAUUGACUGUCUUAAUUGGCGUAAAUUGUGUACCAGUUAGGACAGUUGGCGAAUAAUAUGUUAAAUAACCGACUUAAGAAAGUUAUAUAGCUCCAAGGGGGGAGUUUGUACCGGUCUCAUGUAAUCAACGAAGUGUUUCAUACCGGUCCCAUGUAAAGAUUAUCCGUUGUUGUGCUUUCCUCUGAAAGUGAGAGAUGCUGGCAGUAUGUCUCCGGCAUCCAUUUAAUGUACACAUGUGUAAAAAGAGACAAUUAGUGGAGCCAUAUAUAAUGGAUGACAUUUUUUGUCCUGCGUUGUAUUCUAACAGGUCGCUUUUGGUACGUUCCGAUGAGCUCAACAAAGCUUAAGGAACUUCUGCACGUUAUGAGCGAGUUUUGUAGAUCAGCUGAAGAUGAAAUAACUUUCAACAUUUACCUUAUAACACAAGUCCCUGGGGUUGCAGUGGAUUACUUCUAUGACGGACAUCCAAGUGAAGCCGAGGGAAAACUCCUUCCGUUCCUUCGUAGUAUAACAGAGAGGUUUGGUCCCCCGGGAGAGAGUUCUACCGCUGUUAAUGGUCCUUGGGAAGAACAGACCACCUCUUAUGUCGAGUAUCAGCAAAGAUUUGGGGAGGAACCAGUGAAAACCUACAAGAUGUGGAAAUCUGCUUUUCUGGGAGAGUUGACUCCAGAGGUAUGGAUUGCGUCUAUUUGGGCGGAUUAAAGGACAACAACUGAGGUGUAAGGCUGGUUGUUCCGGUCACACAAAUCACUUCAGGGUUUUUGGUUGAGAAAAUCCUUGUUAGAAAAUCUCUAUCAGAAACCCAGAAAUACCCCAAGUGCUGCAAAGAUUUUGAGUUAAAUUCCUGCAGCGACUUCUGCAGUAAAGCUUUUUAACUAAAUAAGGGUCAAUUCACGGACAUGGGCUAAGGGGCUGACCCAAGGGGGGAAGGUAACUCUAUUGUUUUCCACUUAAGUUUCUCGACCCACUCCGCCUGCCAGUAUGACGUCACAUAGUAACGGGUAAGAGCCUCGGGUCGCUUGUGCAAAAUAGCAAGGGAUACGACAGUUAUUUGGACGAGAGAGGUCGAGGAAAAGCUAAGAAGCUAGCAAAUAUCGCUAUAUAUCGCUAAUUUGAUCGAAUGAGUGUGAGCUUUGGUGUUGCUGUAAUCUGCUUGUGUAAACCGUUUUGAUAUUUUGUGUCCAUGAUUAUAUAAUUUUGUUAAUUUGUUUUGCGGGCCGUGUUGCGGGAUCGCCAUCUAUUUCAUGGGAACGGCAAGGUCAUCAAAACUAAAAUCUUUUUUUCCUCUAAAAUAGGCAAGGUCUAGUCUCCAGAAUAGGAGGUUCCAUUCACAGAUCACACAUGUUUAUAUUUCAUCUAUUCUUUUGCUAAAUAAAUGGGCCUAACUUCAUAUCAUUCCUUUCGAGUGAGGGCCUCUGUUGAUCUCCUAAUUCUCCACCGAAUUCAGUAAAGCUAGUUCGAUCGAUUGUCUACAUCUAGUCGGUCCGUUGAACCCGAAAUAAUGCGAAAUAGCUUUGAAAUACGCGCUUAAGCUAAUUUUCCUCAAAUGUAUAUUUGAAUUCAUGAUAAAUACAGCUCCACCAACUUCAAACAGCGUCUAUGGCAGAGAAAAAUUAUUUUGAUAUGACAAAAUUGAUUUUUCAAAUCAUGAGUGUCACUGUGGUGCAGUGGUCAAGGAGUUUUCAGGGCACCCAACGAGAAUAUAGUUCAAAACCUCUUAAACAUAGCAUUGUUAAACGUAUUUUAGUAUUUAAACGGUAGAUAUAGACAUUAUAGAUAUUUUUCCUUUAUCUCUUGUACGUUGUUUUUAUUUUUUCUCCAUGUAAAUGUAAGUAUUGUCAUUAGAAGUGUUUUAACCAAAUAAAUGUUAUUAAAAAAAAAAAAAAAAAAAAAAGAUAUAGACAUAUUUUCAUCCCUAAAAAAAUUUUUCAUCUGUUCGGAUUUCCUAGCUGAAAGUCUAGUGAUCCGAAAAUUAUAGGGAUCAAAACUUAUUUUUUCGAAACUUUCAGCCAGAAAAAAGGCUCCCGAAAAUUCUAGGUGACCUUUUAAGGAUAAAAAUCGGUUAAAAAUUGGCAAUUAUACCAUUUUUUAGAUGUUCGAAAAUCCUAGGAGAGGCAGGCAAGCAAAAAAAAUUUUACAACAAAUGUUCCGAAAAUUCUAGAUCUCAAAUCGUCUUCCGAACAGAUAUUUUCCGAAAAUUGUCGUUGAGUGCCCCUAAGUUUCUUGCACGUGCAGAUAAACAGGGUUCGACUCCCCUGCGACGCUGUUUUCUGUUUAUUUGUACCGUUUUUUUUCCUGUUUGGUCUCUUUUUUUUUAAACACUAUUUUUCAUUUUGGCUUUUUUUCUUUAUUCUCACUGCUGACCCUGCAGGUCAUGCACUUGGAUCAAUAUAUAUUUUAAGCUUAAGUCCGGAGUUUUAUUUUGGCAAAGGGAUUUCAAAAGCUCUUGAUGUGCAUACUGGCCAAGCUUACGACCAGAUAAAACCAUAAGCUGUCAAGACAUGUCCCUCCUCUGAAACAGCUCAAUGUUAGUUGACUUCAUGACAAAUAACACACAGUACACCACAAACUGUACUAAUUUACACACAACAUCCACCAGUGACCCACUGGCGAAAGUUAAACUUGCCUUUUGUACAUCGUCUUAAUCAUCAAUAUUAUUACCUGUAUUACCCUAAAAUCUCCACUGGGUUUGCCCCAAAAAUAAUUGAACGAAACCUUUUAUUGGCUUUCGGGAUUUAAUUACAGAAUAACAGGUGUAUGCCCAAUACAGUAUUAAAAUGCGCCGGUAAAGCAACAAGAUUCAAUGCUCACAGUCUCUCACAAAUACCUGUCAUUUAGCUUCCCUUUCAACGCUACAGCUAAGCGAACUUUGAGAGGAACGAUAUGGGGUUCCACUAGCUCUGAAGAGCUGAAAAUAAGCACAAUGUAAAGUGUAAUACAUCCUUUUUAUGAACCUCCUGUACGUCGUCUUAAUCAUCAAUAUCAUUACCCUAAAAUCGCCACUGGGUUUACCCAAAAACAAUAAUUAAACGAAACCUUUUAAUUGGUUUACGGGAUUAAGCAACAAGAUUCAAUGCUCCUAUUUCAAGGCUACAGCUAAGCGACCUUUGAAAGGAUUGAUAUGGGGUUCCACCAGCUCUGAAGAGCUCAAAAUACGCCCGAUGUAAAGUAUGAUAUAUCCUUUGAUGAACCUCCUAUUGCUGUGUCUAAACUCCUGAAUCUUGCUGUGCACUGGCCCUCAAAAGUGUGACCGGUGGGUAUGAUUGCCCUUAAAAUUUGCUCGACUAUAGAAAGGAAUCUUUAAAAUUCAUUACACCACUGGACAUUUCACUCCAAAAAAGUACUUAAGUCUAGUUUUCUAUGACAAUAGGAACCUUAAAAUCUCCAAAUCCAAGAAAUCGGAUCAGUAUUUCCGUGAUUAAAUCGAAAUUUUUAUCCGUAUCUUCGAUGAAGUUUGCUCGCCAUUUUGAAAGUCACUGACGCGAGACGUGACGUCAUACUGGCGGGCGGACUGUACCACAGAUUUCCUUGAGACACCUUUCCCCCGCUGGGGCUGACCGUUUGACUUUUGAGGGGGUAUGGGUAAUUUUAGAAACAAAAAUAUCCUGCAGACUCAUUUUGAAAGAAACAAAUUCUUGCCAGGAAAUACCUGGCGAAAAAAAUUCUUACGCUGAAAAAAUACCUUUCAUGGCCUAUAAUGCUGGGAAAAAAUUCUAUCCAGAGGUUUUGGGGAAAAAUUCUUUCCCGGACCAAAUCACCUAUACCCUCCCCCAAUCCAUUGACGUAAUUGUCCAGUUUGACUUAUCAUUCCAUUAUAUUGUGUGAAGCUUUUGAAAUUUUUAUCUCUUUUAUUAUUUUACAUUUGGGUGACUAAAUGAUGAUACGUUGUCUUCUUUCUCUUACCAUGCAGGUCAUUCAUAUCAUCAUUAGCCAAUUGGAAGAAGCUCCAGUUUCUUCUAACCCACACACUAUCGGCCUCGAGCUCUUGGGCGGAGAAACCAACCGUAAGUCACCUGAUUCUUGCUCCUACGUGCACAGAGAUGCACUAUAUUUGUUCAGUGCGCAGGCCGUGUGGACGCCUGAAGACGAGGCUAAAGGUAAUGCGCAUGCGUGCAGGCAGUGGGCAGAAGAGACGGCCCGGUCAUUACUGCCUCACUCACCUCGAUCAUAUCAGAAUUAUGCUGACUGUGGAGAAAACACUAGGGCGCAACGCCUGGAAAAUUAUUUUGGCAAGGCAAAUAUCCAGAGAUUAAAGGAACUUAAAGAGGAGUAUGAUCCGCUUGGCAUAUUCACCAGAGAACAUUUCAGACUUUGA